UUUUUUUUUUUCUUGAGCACUAAAAACUCAGUCCAAAGGCGUCACAAAGCUUAUAGGUGAAGAAAGUUUCGUCCACUCAAACCCUGAAAAUAUAAUAGAACAAAAAGAGAUGAGAGAAUAAAUAAUAAAAGAAUAAAAGAGAGGAGGAAAAAAUAAUAAUAAUAAGCAAAAGCUCUCCUUCUCCUUCCCCUUUAAUUCUCUUUUUUUCUCUUGCUUUCUUGGCUCUGGUAUUCUCUUGGUGUGAUUCUCCACCAUAUUUUCUUUCCUAAAGACCCAUCAACCUUUAUAAAAGAAAAAAAGAUCAAAAAAAAAAAGGAAAAAAAAACCAUGGUUUUCUCUUCAGUUCCAGUCUAUUUAGAUCCUCCCAAUUGGCAGCAGCAACCAAAUCAACAAGGAGGAGCUAGCAAUGAAAACCUCCAGCUUCCGCCUCUUCCUCCACCUCCUUGUGUCGGCGAUGGUGCUACUGGCUCGAUUAGACCUGGUUCGAUGGCUGAUCGAGCCCGGUUAGCAAAGAUACCACUGCCUGAGGCAGCCCUAAAGUGCCCAAGGUGUGAAUCCACCAACACCAAAUUUUGCUACUUUAAUAAUUAUAGCCUCUCUCAACCCCGACACUUCUGCAAAACAUGUCGGCGAUACUGGACUAGAGGUGGUGCCCUUAGAAAUGUUCCAGUUGGAGGUGGAUGCAGGAGAAACAAGAAAAACAAAAGCCAAAGUAGCUCAAAAUCCCCAGUUUCCAAUGAACGGCGAAUGGGUUCUUAUUCAGGCUCAACAAGUGCAGCUCCCUCCGAGAUUAUCGGUCAUUUGCCUCCACAACCAAGUCCAUUACCUUUCAUGACCUCUUUGCAUAACCUUACUCAAUUUGGUGUUGGGAAUCUUGGGUUAAACUUUGGAGGGAUUCAGGGACACAUGGGAGCAACUAGUGGUGCUAGUGGACAGGCUGAUAUGGGAUUUCAGAUGGGAAGCAAUUCGGCUAUGAGUAGUGCCAUUUUAUCAACCGGAGGAGUGCAACAAUUCCCCUUCUUUGAGCCACCACCCACUGGCUUAUACCCAUUUCAAAGUGAAGGUGUUGAAGCAUCAUCUUCCACUGUAGGAGAUAGCCAGCUCCGAUCAAUGACUCCCAGCUCUAGGGUUUCUCAGUUGGCUUCAGUGAAGAUGGAAGAUAACCAAGGAUUGAAUUUAUCGAAACCAUUUCUGGUUAUUUCGGAGAGUAAUCAAUACUGGAGUGGAAAUACAUGGACGGACUUAUCAGGUCUCAGUUCUUCUUCUAGUAGCCAUCUCUUAUAACAUUGAUCUUUCCUGAUUGAAGAAAGAAAACAAACUCUAUCUCCCUCCGAAGCUCAAGCCUAUGUAGCACUAGUUAAUUAGCGAUAAUUGACCGAAAACUAAGUUGCAUGUAAGUUCUACUGAACAGCCUUAACUUUCAAGUUCCAAACUUCCCAAAAGGAGCGAAAUGGCACAAGGCUAAUGAGGAACUUUUGUUUUUUCUUUUGUUUGAUUUGUGUUUUUGGUCUGUAUGUUAUGGCGUGUUUGAGAGAGUGUGUGUGUGUGUGAGAGAGAGAGAGAGAGAGAGAGAAAGAGGUGUUUGUUAUAUCUGACAUGAUUAGCUAGUAUCAUGAUAUAACGUUAUCAUCAUCAUCAUCAUUAGUCCAUCAAAACCGAAAGGUGUAACGUUUCUGCAAAUGGAUGACCCAACUGGGUUGUAUUCUUCAGAGACAAUAAAUAAGAAAAGCUAACUCGUACACUGA